GUUACAACUACCUCUAUCACAUUUCCUAUCAUUACUCUUCUUAACUAGACCUUCCAGUCCAUUCUCUAGAUCAUGUACCUAAAAUUGACAAAAUACUGAGAAGGAUAGUGGUUGUGUCGUCAGCCACCCAGGGGCCUCUCUUGCCGAGACAGCAGCGUGAGGCCAUGCAGUCACCCGCUCAUCCGGCUUGGUUCCCGAGGCGGGGUGGUCCGAAUACACCACAAAUUCGCGUCUGACACCUCCACACGAUGGCUGAUUCGUUCUAUGUAGAUGUCAAUGUCCACAAUCAUGUUCCUCAACAAGAUCCACCUCGGCAGGCGGGACUCGGGAGUGGGAACGGACCACAUGCUCGCGAGACGGAAUGGAGUCUCUCAGCUGCUGUGACAUCUUGCCUGUUGCUCAUUUGUCGAAACCCGGGCAUGGUGUGUACGGAUACUAUUCCCAUAUUCACUCCCGCUGGGUGGAUGAUUGACUCGCUUGUACCCGUAAGGCGGGGGUUGGAGAUCUCUCUCUCUCUCUCUCUCUCUCUCUCUCUCUGCCGCUGUACAGAGUACGGGUUUACGGAUAUAGGCCAGACCACCACACAUUGCGUAAAAAGAAUGUCUCGAUACUUGAGACAACCAUCACAACUCACAUCCUUCCAUCGAUCUCUCCCUGCUUUCGUCAUGGUUCCUGAUGAUCACUAUUGGUUCCGAGGCACACCUCCCGCGAUGCCGGGACACGUAUGUGAGGGCGAUCCAUGCAGGUUUAUAUACUACACACAUACCUUAGACCAUGCGACAACCCAGCUGCGGUUCCUUUCUGUGGCUGGCGAGACAUCGGAGAGACCUGGGCGGUACCGACAGUCUGGUUGUCAGCCUGGGUUCCCGACAGGGACCUCCAUUUGACAUUGAAGCAAUUUCUACCAAGCAAGUGGGCCGGCCGGUGUAGCGACUGGUUGAUUCAUGUCUUUGCCUUUCACGAUCGACAAAAACCACUCAGAAGCUGCAG